UUCUUCUUCUCUCUCUCUAUCUCUCAAUCUCUUUCUUCUCUUCAAUGCUCUCUUUCUCUCUCUAAGAAGCCAUUUCUUUUCUCUUGCCAAGAAAAACCAUCUAAGGAGUAAGAUAAGAGUCAGACUUAGGUAGGUGAUGAUAAAGAAGAUCUGGUGUUAUGCGGAAGUAUUUGGGAAACGAAGAGGAAGAGGCAAAUAGUAACAGUGGAAGAAUCAAAUGUUCUUAUCCACUGAGAACCCACCAAAUGACCCACUUUCUUCUUCUUCUUCUCCUCCUUUCUUACAUCUCCCCACUUCUUCCCAUGAGUUAGGUCAAUCCCAUCUCUCCAAUUUCUCCAUCAGAGAUUACGCAUAUAGUAACCGGAAGAACAACAUCAAGAACAAUUGGCCAUUUUCCUCAAAAAGUCUCCAACUUUUCUCAACUCAUGGCAUAACUGAUCCUUUGCCACCGUUACAGAAAGUUUCCACCGUAAGUAACCAGUUUGAGACCAAGGCUAGUUCAUCGUCGGGGAAGCAAAUCGUAUCCUAUGUUCAUCAUGGAAGAGAUUUGGCUAAACUUGGGUUGAAUCAGACAUUAGCAGAGACUAGUAAAGGAGGAGUUAGUAGCCAAUCAAGAAUCAUCGAGAAUGGUUUGUUUUCGAGUACAAGUGUUUCCAAGUCUGAAGUAGAGAUAGUUGUAGCUGCUACAAGUAACAAGAAGGACAACCACAGUAAAAAGUGUGGAAGAGGGAUGGUGAAAUCUAAAGAAGAUAGUUGUGGUGGCCUUGUGACGACUUCUGAAUCAAUAAUGGCUUCAAAAACAUGUCCUAUUUGCAAAACCUUCUCCUCAGCUUCUAACACAACUUUGAAUGCUCACAUCGACCAGUGUUUGUCUGUUGACUCAGCACUGCCACCGGUUGUUAGUAGUAAGCCAAACAAGCCUAGAAGUAAGCCACGGGUGAAAGUUAAAACGAUGGUUGAUAUCUACGCUUCUGCGAAAGAAGGCACAUUAGAAGAUCUUGAUAAAAGAAAUGGAACAAAGUGGGUGUCGAUUUUGAGUUAUACAAAUAGAGUUGUUGCUGAGAAGUCUGAAGUGUCUAAGAAGCGGAAAGUUUCGCCUGUUGGCGUUGGUCCGGUUUAUAUUGAUGCUAAGGGGCAGAAAUUGCGGAUUUUAUCUGAGUUCAGCGAGAAGAAGACUUCUACUACUCCGUCGAGAGAACAGCAUGAGGAUGGUAGUGGUGGUAAGAAAUGUUUAAGCCAAGGUAGUAAAGGAAACAAUAAAUGCUUGAGGAAAAUUCGUCGAGUAAAGAAGCCUCACAAGUAUGUUAAACUAACCAAUCACAAAGCUAAUGCUCCAGAGCAGAUACCUGGAGAUCAAAGAGGUUUUUCUGGAGAAGGUAGUCACACUGGUCAUCAUAGAAUCCAUAAUCAGCGGAUGCUAGCGAAACGUGGUCUGAUUUCGAAGAAGCUAAAUGAGAAAGGACAUGAAUUAUAUGGUUUGCGGGAUCAGCUAUCGGAUGAUGAAGAUACAUGGUCAGGAGGAGAUCCUACUGUGUUGAGAGGUACUGAUUUGUUUGCCACAGAUUCUUAUCCUUUAUAUAAACAGAAGCUGGGGAGCGAAGUUGCUCGACCAAAAAAGGCUUUGUUUGGGAGUAAAAGUGCUCAAAGUCGUUCAUUUAGAGUCCCUCAGAGUGAAAAAGAAGAUGAGUCACUUGAGGGAAUUCAAAUAAACACUCUCCGAUUAAAGAAGAGCAUUGCUUCAUUUCAAGAAGAUAAGUAUCCACCUGGAAAGAAUUUCUGCUCAGAUGCUGUAGAUGUUUCAGAUGCAUCUCCUCGUGGAACUAGCAUGAGAAAGUUUUCCCCACCUUUUGUACCAAAUGCCUGGAGGCGACUAUCUGUGCCUGUGGAGCUAAAUAAAGCUCGGUUGGAUUUCUCGGAGGAAGAAGAUGAAGAAGAAACAGGGAAAUGGGAAUCUGAAAUGACUCAAGAACGUGAGCUGCCAGAUAAUGAUUAUGUUUCUGGUGAUAAUGGAGAAAGAAAUGAGGUCUUACUGAGAUCAAAUCCUUCAUCUAGUGGUUACGAUGAUUAUAAUGAUGAUGACGACGAAAGUAGUGAAGAGGAAGAAGCUAAUAACAAAAGAGCUCAUGUUUUGGACAAAACUGAUGAUAUGGGUGCUGAGUUCUACCAGUCAGACAGUCCACCAUCUAUUGAAAUCUUACCCAGAGAGCGAGCAAUGUAUUACUCCGAAGUUGGGAAUAUGAUUUACGGGCAAACCUCUUGCAAGGAGAAUGAAAGGUUUGAUUCUGUAGUUGGACAAGGAAGCUUAUUUGUAGAGGUUGAUACCAUUCCUAUUCCAGGACCUCCAGGAUCAUUUUUACCAAGUCCUCGAGAUAUGGGUUUUGAUGAGAAUCUUGGGAACUCGUCGGUUAUCACAAGCCAGGUUCAGUCUUCCAUGGAUCAGCUUGACAGAAACUCAUCUGAAUCACCUGUUUCCGCAGUUUCAAACUUUGCAGCUGGUAGAUUGAAUUUUCCCGCAGAGUUAUCUUCUACUUUCCGAGAAAAUUUCUCACCGGAUAUUGCCAUGUCCUACUCAACAACCUCGAUGAGCUUUUGUGUUCCAUCUCAUCAUGGGACAACCGAGGCUGAGCCAAUUACCAUUGACAAGACAACAUUACCUUCCAGAUUUAGAAACAAUGAUCAAGAGUCUUGUUGUUGCCAAAGAAAAGAGAGAAUCUCCGAGGGCAUUACUCGGAAUCAUCAAGGAUCUCACUUGCUGCAGCGAAGAGCAGCUUCUUCGUCAAUCACGAUGAACUUAACUAAUUCACCCACACGUUUGGAUCCAAAUCAUCCAUUUGAGCAGUCACCAUACAAGAUCCAACAAGCUUUGGAUCUCCAGAGUAAGUUCUCCAGCAGAACGAAUCCCAACGCCGUUGUGCCUCCAAGUCCUUCUAACCCGGUUUUAAGGUUAAUGGGAAAAGACUUGAUGGUCAUGAACCAAGGAGAAGCAGAUGAAGAAGCAUCCCGGUCUAGCUUAACACCAACCCCUCAGUUUGUUGAUCCUCCUUGUGGUGGAACUGGCUUAUACUUCAACACAGGUCUCUAUUUAAGAAACAGUUUCGAGUCAACACAACAACCACAAGCCCAAACCCAACCACAACCACAACCACAAGCUGCAGCAUUCAGAAACAAUUUUGAUCAUGUAAGAUACUUUUCUCCGAGCUAGUCACCGUAAAGUUUCGACCUUGAUGCAGUGUAAGAAGCAGCCGAGAAGUGGGUUCUCUUCGAAAACCGAUCAUCAAACAUGGAUGCAUUCGGGUUUUAAGGUAUCUACGGCAUUUUCUAUGCUUCAUCUCUUUCUGCAGAGACUUUGUGUAGUUACUGUUUACAAAAGAAAAAGCAAACACUUGAAAAUAACAAACACUCUGUAGAAGGAUAAGUAACUUAAGGCUUUUAUUGCCACCAAAGUUAUCAAGUUAUAGUUUAUCUUUAACUUUUGGCU